UCCUGAAGGCUAACGGAAGCCAGUAAAACACAAUGCAGUACUGAGGGAGCAGCAGCAAUGCACGGCUGGACAUAGAACACACAGGACGGCGAGAGCGCAAAGCUGCUCAAUAUUGCACCAUGCUGACCUGUCUCUGAUAAUUUCCAAGGCGGGUGGGUGGGGGGAACUGAAGGACACAGCCAUGCAGCCGGCUGCUUACCUGCUCUCCUUGAUGCUCUGUGCCUUGGGGACCUUCUCUCUGGUUCAUUCCAGGCAGGCAGGAGCCGCCUUGUUGACGGAGAUGGAGAGAAGGGCUGAAAACCGAUUUCUGGAGAGGCAGAAUAUCGUCCCCCUCCGCCUGAUCCCCCGCCCGGAAGACGGCACCCAGACUGGGCACGGGGUGCUCAACACUCGGGUCAGCAGCCGCUCGGAUCGGAAGCAGUCCACUCAUGUUGCCCGAGCCAGCUUCCAGGUUGAUGCAUUUGGGUCAUCAUUCAUUCUAGAUGUAAUGCUAAACCAUGAUCUGCUGUCUUCAGAAUACCUUGAGAGGCAUAUCGAGCAUGGAGGAAAGACAGUGGAAGUUAAAGGAGGAGAGCAUUGCUAUUAUCAGGGCCAAAUCCGAGGAAACUCAGAAUCAUUUGUUGCCUUGUCAACAUGCCAUGGACUUCAUGGGAUGUUCUAUGAUGGGAAUCAUACUUAUCUUAUUGAACCAGAAGAAAGCUACACUUCACACGAGGAUUUCUAUUUCCACUCUGUUUACAAAUCCAGGUUGUUUGAAUUUCCUUUGGAUGACCUGCCAUCUGAAUUCUGGCAAAUGAACACCACAUCACAGAAGUUUGUUGUAAAGCCAAGACACAAAAGGAGUAAAAGGCAGGUUCAUCAGAUUUCACGUAAAGUUGAGGAGGAAACAAAAUACAUUGAGUUAAUGAUUGUGAAUGAUCAUCUAAUGUGUAAAAAACAUAGAUUAUCAGUCGGCCAUACGAACAGCUAUGCUAAAUCAGUGGUGAACGUGGCAGAUUUAAUAUAUAAAGAACAACUUAACACCAGGAUAGUAUUGGUUGCCAUGGAAACCUGGGCUACUGAUAACAAGUUCACCAUAUCUGAAAACCCAUUGGUGACUCUACGUGAGUUUAUGAAAUAUAGGAGAGAUUUUAUCAGAGAGAAAAGUGAUGCAGUUCACCUUUUUUCGGGGAGUCAAUUUCAGAGCAGUCGGAGUGGUGCAGCCUACAUUGGUGGAAUUUGUUCACUAUUGAAAGGUGGAGGUGUGAAUGAAUUUGGAAAGCCAGACUUACUUGCAGUGACAUUGGCACAGUCGUUAGGCCACAAUCUUGGCAUUUUUUCAGAUAAAAGAAAACUACUAACUGGUGAGUGUAAGUGUGAGGACACAUGGUCUGGAUGUAUAAUGGGAGACACUGGUUAUUAUCUUCCAAGCAAGUUCUCCAAGUGUGACAUUGAGGAGUAUCAUGAAUUUUUGAACAACGGAGGUGGCGCCUGCCUCUUCAAUAAACCAUCCAAGCUUCUAGAUCCUCCAGAAUGCGGCAAUGGUUUUGUUGAAGAUGGAGAAGAGUGUGACUGUGGUACUACUGCAGAGUGUGCCAUUGAAGGAGGAGAUUGCUGUCAUACAUGCACCCUGACUGCAGGCUCAGAGUGCAGCAAUGGGCUUUGCUGUAGAAAGUGUCAGUUUGAAUCUAAAGGAGUUGUGUGCCGAGAUGCGGUAAAUGAUUGUGAUAUUCCAGAAAACUGCACAGGAAACUCCAGCCAGUGUUCUCCCAAUAUUCACAAAAUGGAUGGGUAUUCAUGUGAUAACAAACAGGGUAUUUGUUUUGGAGGAAGGUGUAAAACCAGGGAUCGGCAGUGUAAAUACAUCUGGGGUGAAAAAGUGACAGCUGCUGACAGAUACUGCUAUGAGAAACUGAAUAUUGAAGGGACUGAGAAAGGUAACUGUGGAAGGGGCAAGGACACUUGGAUACAGUGCAACAAACAGGAUGUGCUUUGUGGAUAUCUUCUGUGUUCCAAUAUCUCUAAUGUCCCAAGACUUGGAGAACUUGAUGGUGAAAUCACAUCUUCAGUCAUACAGCUGGGGAAAUCCUACAACUGCAGUGGUGGCCAUGUUAAGCUAGAUGAAGAAACAGACCUGGGCUAUGUUGAGGAUGGAACGCCAUGUGGCCCAGAGAUGAUCUGUUUUGAGCGCAGAUGUCUCCCCACUGAUUCCUUUAACUUCAGCAUCUGCCCAGGCACUACAGAUGACAAAAUUUGUUCAGGACAUGGCGUUUGCAGCAAUGAAAUCAAGUGUGUGUGUGAUCGAUUCUGGGUAGGAGAUGACUGCAACACCGCUUACAAAGAUGCUUCAAUUUUUGAUGAAGAAAUGGCAGGCAAAGGUGUUGUUAGUACAAAUAUAAUAAUAGGGGCUAUUGCUGGCACCAUUUUAGUGUUGGCUCUCGUUUUAGGAAUAACUGGAUGGGGUUACAAAAACUAUCGGAGACAGAGACAAAUACCACAGGGAGAUUAUGUAAAAAAGCCUGGAGAGGCCGACUCUUUUUAUAGCGACAUGCCUCCUGGAGUCAGCACAAAUUCUGCAUCUAGUUCUAAGAAGAGGUCAAAUGGAUUAUCUCAUUCAUGGAGUGAAAGGAUCCCAGACACAAAGCAUAUUUCAGACAUCUUUGAAAAUGGGAGACCUAGAAGUAACUCGUGGCAAGUAUGCAUUUACAUUUUGAAUCAAGCUUUCAAGUACUUGCAGUUGAAGUGCCGGUGCCCAAAGACAUCAUAUUUAUUUUGUGUGUUUCAACAUCUCAGGACUCUGUCUCCUGCAAAGUCUCCAUCUUCCUCUACUGGAUCUAUUGCCUCCAGCAGAAAAUACCCAUACCCGAUGCCUCCACUUCCUGAUGAGGAGAAGAAAGCUAAAAGACAAAGUGCCAGGCUAUGGGAGACUUCCAUUUAGUUCUACAGUUUAGCUGGGUGACAUCAGAAAUGUUUACUUCAAAUUUUAUAGAAACUCAGCAUCACUGAGUCAUUGCACAUUCAUCUGCUCUUCAGACAAUUUGAAAGAACAACAGAGAUGCCAGUGAUCACAGAGAGAACCUGCUCUCAUACCCAAGGGGGAAAAAACAACAUGUUUUGCUGUUGAUUAGAAUUCUAUUAAAUCUGUAAAGAAUAACCAAAAAUCACAAAAAUUAACAUGGGAUAAAUAGAUUGAAUAUGAUAAGAUUAUUCUGCAUGAUGACCAAUAUAUGUAGAAAUACAACUAAAACUCAUGUACAAAUCCUGAAUAAAAGAGGUUUUUCUUUGGUUUAUGCAGUCCCAAAUAACAACAAAAUUGAGUUCAGAAUUUUGUAUUCUGAAGCACGUGACCAAUGUAAACAUUAUGCUAUGUGCAUGAACCCUCGGUUCUUUACAAGUAAGGGGAAAACCACGUACUGUAGUAGAAAUUAGCAUGCAGGAGUAAGAAAUGUAGAAUUUUGCUACAGGAUCUUAAGUUUUGAGAGGCAUAAACUUCAAACAAACAAGAACUAUAUCUUUUUUACCUUUCGUGUUUAUAAUCUCCAUAUACAAAUUGUAUAUAUGUAAACAUUUUAAAAUGUGAAAACAGCUGUAACACACAUGUAUUUUGCCAAAUGCCUAAAGAAACAAUCAUGACUAACAUCGUCACACUUCAAGUGUUCUGAAUAUUAUGAGCAGACCGCUUUGGAAAUACAACAGUUCUAGUGCUGUAAAUGUGUUUCUCAGCAAACUGGUGUUUGACCAAAAUCUCCACAAUCUGGGAAUAUAUUUGUUAUAAUCACCAGAAAAAUCAAAGUUCAAUGAUGCUUUGGCUUAAAUCACCACCUAAGGAACCAGCAAAAAUAAGUUGUCUGAUAGUGGUGAUGUGUGUUUGUCUCGUCUCUCACGCUGGUGUAAAUCAGGAGCAACCCCACUGAAAUCAGAGCUGGAGUCUUUAACUAAUAGUGAACAUACAUUUACUGGAAAUUGAGGAGUAAUUUAAGGUCAUCAGUUAAGGGGGUGGAAGUGGGGUCUCAGUGGCAGAUUUGGGAUAUGUGUGUGUGUGUGUGUGUGUGUGUGUAAAGCAUUUCAGACCCAAUGCUGGAGCAACCUGGCAGAGUAUACAGGUUAUGAUGGGCAUGAUGCUAUCAUAGUGCUAUACAAAAACUGAAAGCUGGGCAAUUGGCCGAUCUCCCCUCCCCGCCUUUUUUACUGCUAUUACUUGUACCAUGUAUUAGCAUACUGAGGGUCCGUCCACUCUGCUGCUGGGAGUAAGUCUCGCAGCGCAGGUAGACGGACUCACACUAGCAAGGCUUGAGCUAGUGUGCUAAAAAUAGCUAUGUGGACUUUGCCGCUCCGGCGGAGACUCAGGCUACCCAUUUGAGCUGAAGCCUAGAGGUUGGGUGGUCUUGAGCUCGGUUGGCGCCGGAGUCUCUGCCAGAGCCACAAUGUCCACACAGCUAUUUUUAGAGUGCUAACUCAAGCCCCAGUCUGUCUAUCCUGGCUGGGCAGCUCACUGCCACCUGCAGUGUAGACACACCCCACGUGCAGCAGCAGAGGUCUCCUUUGCAGGUAGCAUGGGCCUUGAGCUGAAUACAAGUGGAUCCAGACCAAUGAAAUUGAGGAUGCAAAAACAAACUUGUUACAAAGGAGACGUGGCAAGAUGGCAUUAACCUGACUGCUGGUCAACUGUAUGCUGUGUGCUAAAGAAUGUAGAGUAGAUAUAGUUACAACACCCGAAGGAUUCAAAAGGAUGCUGUAAAAUCCCUGGGCAUUUUCAAUUGUAAAUGUUCUUUAAAUAAUAAAAAUGGCAAUUAUAAAUCAGUUAAAACACCUCUCCUGUCAGUACCUCUCCAGAAGUGACAAACGUCCAACCUCUGGUAAUUCCAUUGCAGAACAAAAGCUCUCUUCUAAUAAGAAAUAUUAGAAUACAUGGCCCACAGUAAUCUAAUCAAUUAGAUGCUGACAGGAACAUAAUGUGUGCUUCUAAAUCUUCUGCCUCUUUCACGUAAUUCCUUUAGUAAGUGAACCUACCACUUACAGCCUUUUAAUGUAACAGAGUUCAGUUUAUCAAAUUUCUCUCUGAUUAAA